GAAAACGGACAAACUCCGUAAUAGCGGAGCUGUGUUAGUGCUAUUAGUGACGUCGCGCGCGGCAAAGAGAUCGUGGGAUACGCGGACGAAUAAAAAAGUUAUGCGAGUAAAAGGAUAAAACUUUUUUCCGAGGGUGAUCGAGAGAUCGCGAGAAAACUGUUCUCUUGCAAUGCGAGUGUUGUCCAAUUACGUGAUUGCGAUGCGAUUACCGUGUUUAUUCAGGAUGGAAGAGACGACGAGCAACGCGAUGACGAGCGGCCGUUUCUGACCGACCGACCGACCGACCGGCAAUAGUCUAGGAUAAAUUUAAUUCACUCCGACCCGCUGCAUUUGGGUUAAUAUCGGUGCCGAUCGAGACUUGCAUAUACAGGAUGCACUCCGCGUAUUCAUCUAAGAAAGGUGAUCCUCUUUGUCCUUUGGGUUUCCACCCACAAGUUCGGUGGCCAACACGUUGCAAACGGUGUUUCAGGGAUUACAAAGAGCAUGGCGGAAGGAGAAAUAGUCUCGGAGAUGUUACGUCUUCGUCUCCCAGUCUUUCUAUUGAUUCACCGACGCGUGAUUCCGAGAGUAAAAAGAUGUGGUCAUCCGUUACGAACUUGGCGAAGGAUGAAACCAAGAGUAAUUACUCGCAACCGGCGGCGUCGACUGGAUGGACAUCCCUGAUGGAUCUUUCCGCCAUAGAUAAAAAUCCAGAAGACACUCAGAAGAAAUUAGAAAACGUGAGAAAACCGGCGAAGCUUCAGAUAAAAAACGUGAUAAGUAACACUAACAAAGGAGCUUCGGAAAACGAUGUGGAAUUCAUAAUUCAGGUAAGGAAAUCACGACCAGCACCGCCGAAACAGGUGGUUGAGGGCUGGAGACUGGAUAAUGUCACGGUAAAGGGAGAAGAAUUCGAGAAGAGUGAGAUAGAGAAAUUAAAGUCUCAAUUAAACGAUAUGAAAGCGAGAUGCGAGAAGGCGGAAAAAGAAAAAAGUGAGAUAUUGCUGCGUCGAUUGGCGACUAUGGAGACCAUGUCGAACAAAACAUCGACAGGCGAAGUGGCAAAAUUACAAAAGAAAAAUGAAGUACUUACACAAGAGAAGAAUUUAUUGCUGGCGAAAGUAAAAAGUUUGGAAAAAGAAACGAGUUCUAAGCCGUUAAGAGGAGAAAGAGAUAAAGUGUACGACGAAUUACGUUCAAAAUUGAAGGCAGCCGAGAGCCUUUGCGAAAAUUUAAUGGACGAAAAUGAGGAUAUGAAGAAGGAAAUCAGACAAUUAGAAGAAGAGAUUUACGAGUUGCAAGAUAAUUUUAGGGACGAACAGGCAGACGAGUACACUCGUUUGCGAAAAAGUUUGGAACAGUCGAACAAAAAUUGCCGAAUAUUAUCGUUUAAACUGAGGAAAGUAGAACGCAAAACCGAGGAAUUAGAAAACGAACGAACUGAUUUGGAGAAAAAAUACGAAGAGGCAAGAAAAACAGAAGAGAUUCUACAAAAAGUAAGCAGUGCAUUCCAGAAUAGAACGCAAAAGAAGCCGACAGAUGCCACAACAAAAGUGCAAUUAAAAAAAAUGGUUGAUGAAAUGGAAAAAGAAAUAGAAGACAUAUUAAACACAUUUACCGGCAUUAAAAAUGGACACAACGUCAAUAUACCAGAUUUAAAAUCGAAAGAUAAUAAAGAUAAUAAUAUGAAGUAUGAUAAACUUCUAAAAGAACACGAACUGCUCAAGGAAAAACUCGAAUCCGCUAUGAAAGAACUGGCUAGUGAGAAAGAAAAGAAAAAAGUUCAACCAAGUGUAAAAGCAGAUGACACGAAAAAUGCUGAUUUGCAAAAUGUAAAAAAAAGGUUAGACGAAGCGGUUACUUUACGGGAGGCGGAGAGAAAAGCGUGGGAGAAAGAAAAAUUGGCACUUUCGGAAGAAAAGGAAAAACUGAAAUCGAAACUUUUAUCGUUAUCGUCUGAGAAAUUGAAAGUUUAUAACGAGGUUGUGCAACUGAAAAAAGACCUCGAAACGGCUAAGUCAUCGGAGAAGGAUACAACAAAGAUGGAAACUAUAAUAAACGACCUGAAAGAAAAACUAUCGCAAGAACAGGACAAAUGUAAAAGAUUACAAGAUGAUCUGUCAUCGUACACCGAAAGAGAAUCAAAAAUGUCGCAAUCGAUGACAUCUGUCGAACAGACAAAAGCUAAGCUCGAUGCCGAGGUAAAACGUUUGAAGAAGGAACUGGAAAAUACAAAAUCCACCACAUCGGCGAAGAUUACGGAUCUGACUGCGCAAAUUGCGGAGCUCAAACGUGAGAGCGAAAAAUUGACGUCGCAACUCGAUAGCGAAACAAAAGCUAAGGAAACUGAAAUAACGGCACUGAACAAAAAGAUAACUUCUUUAGAAAAAGCUGGACAAAAUACAAAGCACAUAAACGAAAUGAAGCAGACGUACAGCGAGAAAAUUUCGAAUUUAGAGAAUGAGAUUAAGAAGCAUCUGCAAGAACACGAGGCUCAAACCGCAAAAUAUCAAGAAAUUGCGAAUUCAAAGGUGCAACUUGAAAAGGAAAAUGAAUCUUUGAAUAGCAAGUGUUCGGAGCAUAAAAAAGAGUUGAUAAAUAUUCAAGCGGAACUCGAGGAGCUGCGCAAUUCAAUAAGAUUAAAAGAAAACGAAUGGCGAUUAGAAAAAUUCGCUCUUGAGAGUCAAAUUCGGGACAGCCAGGCACCGAAUAAAGUUAUCGUAUUAGAACUGAAUGAUGAAAUCAAUGCGUUAAAGAAAGAAAAUGCCACUUUGUUGGAACGAGUGGAAGAUAUGAAGAAAGUUAACGACGAUUUGUCGACAAAAUUGAAAGACUACGAGGCGGUUUCGAAGAUUCAUCAAGUGUUAACACCCGAUACCACGGCGCUCGAGUCCGAAAUUCGGAAAUUAAAGAACGCCCUGGCAAACACGGAAAAGGCUAAGAAGGCAGAUUUGGCGCAAUGUAAAAUGCGCUACGAGCACAGAAUCACGGCGAUCAACGACGAAAUCCAAGCGAUUCAGAAUCAAUUAUCGCGAUACAAACGCGAGCGUGAUACUUACAAACACAUGCUGGAAGGUGCGCAAAAAACUAUUGGCGAACUAAAGUCCACGAGACAAGGUAGACUUUCUAACGCAUCCUCCGGCAAGUCAGACGAGGACGAAGAAACAGCAAGAGCCAAUGUGUUGGUACUAGAGAAACAAAUUAGUUGUAUGGAAGAUGAACUUUCCGAGACAAGGCUCGAAGCUUCUAGAUUAAAGGCUGAAUUGGUUUCCGAAAAAUCAGCCAGUCACGUUAAAGUCUCCGAACUGCAAUCUCGAAUUAAUGAGUUGGAGGAGGAACGAUUGCUCACGAGCGGUCGGUCAAAAAUUCCGGGACUGAAAGUGCGAAUGGAAUUAGCGUGGCAAAAAGAAAGAGAAGAACAUCAGAGAUUGUUGCAAGAAACGGCAACGUUAGCGCGAGAUUUACGUCAAACGCUAUUCGAGAUAGAAAGAGAACGCAGUAAAGAGCGACUUGAAAACAAGAGGAGACAAGAUCAGUUGAAGAAAAUAUUCGACGAAGAGAAAGAAGAAAGUAAAAAGAAAUUAUCAGAGUUGCAAUGCGAUCUGCUCGAGCUGAGAGACGCGCACGCGAAAUUACGAACUAGCAACGAGAAGAUGAGACGCGAGAAAGAACGGCACGAAAAGGAAAGGCAGGAACUCAAAGAAGUAAUAGUGAACAAGUACAAGUUAGAGCAAAUCGAACUGCGGAACAUUAAUAUUCUUAUGCAACAAGUUCAGGAUUUGCUCCAACUAUUUCCCGAAUUAAACACCGUAGCGGAAAAUGGAACGUCCGACGCGUACACGCCAACUCCGCCGAGACGAUUAAAGGGACCAAAAUCGAGAGAAUCAUCGCCGAUGUUGGAAACAAAAAGCGAUAGCGUAAAAGUCGUAAUUCCGGCACUUGGAGAACGAACGGAGAAACUAGAGUACACUAUUAAAAAAUUAAUGGAUGUGGCAAAAGAACUCAAGGAAUCGAAAAGAACGGCGGACGAAGUGAGUGCAACGCGAAUGAAGAAAUUUGGAAAGAGAUCGACGUCGGUUGAGAGCGAUCCAGGAAAAGGAGUCGUGUUCAAUCACACUAAACCGCGUCUAAAGAGAAAGAGUCUAUCUUUGGAACAAACAACCGGACGUCAAGAGUCUCCAGCAAUAUGGGGCACAGACAGCAACUUGUCGAGCAUGCAAUCGUUGGAGGGUUCGGAAGUUAGUUCUCGUGGAAAUAGUCGACAAAGAGAUUCCAGUGUAGAUAGCCGUUUUUCCGGAGGAUCGACGAGAAGCGAAAUGUUAGAUCGGGAGAAGAAACACGGCAAAGGAAUAAUUAAAAAAUUAACACACAAGCUAACAAAAUCGUCCAGCGUCGACGACUCGAACAUGACCGACUAUUCGCUUCAGACAUCUGGUUCUGAAACAAGCCUCAACGAAAGCAGCAAGAUGGAAAAGAAGAAUUUAAAGAAAAAAUUAACAGCCAUGUUCAAAAGAGGUUCGAGAAGCAGCAGUGUAGAUAAAAAGACUGGAUCCGGAAAUUCCAGCAGACCUGCUUCGAGGAACUCCAUGACGUCGGACUAACCGAUUCUAUGUUUUUGCGCG